CAGAUACCAAAAUAUACCUAUGCAUACUAAACCACAGUGCUUCUGAAACGACAUCCGUAUACGAGCUAAGUUCCUUAAAAUACAAGCUCCCCCCUAACAUCCACAAAUAUCAAACGUCGCAAUAGCUGUGGAAGAUUCAACCCUCCCAACCGCACACAGGCGGCGUACAAUUGAAAAUGCUACAAACCGCCGUGACCGCAGCGGCUCCGACCGUAUCGUCGCACACCGAUUCAAAUAGCUCGGCGGCCGACGCGCCACCCAAACAGGUCGCCAUGGCCCUGGAGCGGCUAGGGCAGGCUGGCCGACUGAUCGCGGAUAUCAGACUCGGCGCUGACCGCCUCCUUGAAGUCCUAUUCAUGGCCGCUCAGCUUCAGCACUCAUCCAGACCCGAGAAUUUGAUCAUCAACGAAGAAGCUUCCAUGCGCCAACACUUGCAAGACCUCCGCGCUCUUGGUAGACAAUUGGAAGAUUCGGGUGUUCUGAAUGAUGCACUUUGUUUGCGAAGUAAUUCAUGGGGCCUCCAUAUGCCACUUGUCUGUCCUGAUGGAGCUGUUGUGGCCUAUGCAUGGAAGCGCCAACUUGCUGGUCAGGCUGGUGCAUCCGCUGUUGAUAGGACCAGGCUAGCUCUAAAAGCAUUUACUGAUCAAAAAAGGCGAUUUUUCCCUCACCUGGAGAAUGGCUGUGAUGAGGGAUCACCAAUGAAGAAAAGGUGUAGUUCAACAGCAAGUGAUCACGAUGAUAUUAGUAGCCUAAGAACAGUAUCUGAUAUUCUGUCACAUCUGGAAAAAGUAACUCCGAACAUGAAAGCUUUCACUUACCAGCGCUUGGAUUGGUUAAAGCGGGCAUCUUCAUUGCCAUCUUCUGCUCAUCAACAUUCUGUUGAGUUGAUGAAAAAUCACAGCUUUCAUAUGCGAAAUAACUUGAUAUCAGGAUCAAAUGAGAAUGCUUCUAGAGAAAAGGUCACUGUGAUUGAGUUGUUCAUGCCCUCUGUUUUCAGAGCUAUUCUAUCAAUACAUCCAGCUGGUUCAGUGGACCCUGAUGCUGUGGCUUUCUUUUCACCAGAUGAGGGCGGAAGCUAUGUACAUUCAAGGGGGGUUUCAGUGCACGAAGUAUAUAGACACAUUACGGAACAUGCUGGUAUCGCUCUGCAGUAUUUUACAGGGUCAAAUGCAGAAACAGCUUUAUAUUCAUUGCUGUUGUGGGUUUACAGUUACCAUUCCUUGUUCAGGAAAGUUUGCAGCAAAUGCAGCGGCCUGCUAUUGAUGGACAAACAAUCUGCCUCGUUGCUGCCUCCUGUGAACCGCUCUUUCCGAAAUAUUUCACCUGCUAAGAUCCUCCUAUCUAAUGCUCCCUCAACAGUGGAAAAGGUUGUAGAUUCUAAUAAGGCUUUUCAUAUAAGCUGCUUUUCCGAGGAAGCUUAGCGACUGCAGUGAAAUGGCCGACCAUAUCCCAAAAGCUAACUGAUGUUCUCUUGACAGCACAUUGCAAGGUGUGAAUCGUUUUCUCUUAUUCUAUUUGUUGCAGUUUUCCGAAAUGCCUGGAAACCGCAAGCCAUGAUGCUGCAAAACUGUUCUUAUUUCUACCUACUACAGGUCGUUGUUGAUUUGGAUUUUGAAAACCAGUUGGAAAAUUUAUGGGAUUAGUUGGUGAUUCUUUAACAAGUUUCCAUGGGAUGUAUGGAAUUGUCACAUAAAACUUACAGCCAUGAACAAUUGUUGAUAAUGCCUGCAUAGUGGCAUGUAUUAUGUCUUGGGGUCAUUUGCAUACAUCGUAGCUCAUUUCCAGGGCUUCUUCGCAGCCAUUUGCGUUUUACAUGUAUUUUUUCUCCUAUUUUUGUAUCUUAUGAGAUCCUUUGUUAUUAUUAUUACUCUCUCCGUCUUAAUUUAAAUUG